ACAGGAUAAAGUCCCUGGUUGUGGGAAGUUCUCACCUACCCUGUUCUCUGCAUCCUUCUCUGUGAUUGCAAUCCCCAUGGCUCCCAAAAAGCCAGAGCCCAAGAAAGAAGAGGCCAAGGCUGCCCCCAAAGCGGCUGCAGCCCCUGCGCCUGCACCUGCACCUGAGCCUGAGCGCCCCAAGGAGGUGGAGUUUGAUGCCUCCAAGAUUAAGAUCGAGUUCACGCCUGAACAGAUUGAAGAGUUCAAGGAGGCCUUCCAGCUGUUUGACCGCACACCCAAGGGCGAGAUGAAGAUCACAUACGGGCAGUGUGGGGAUGUCCUGCGGGCGCUAGGACAGAAUCCCACACAGGCUGAGGUGCUCCGUGUUCUGGGGAAGCCCAAACAGGAAGAGCUCAAUACCAAGAUGAUGGACUUUGAAACGUUCCUGCCCAUGCUUCAGCACAUCUCCAAGAAUAAGGACACUGGCACCUAUGAGGACUUCGUGGAGGGGCUGCGGGUCUUUGACAAGGAGGGUAAUGGCACAGUCAUGGGUGCAGAGCUUCGACAUGUGCUAGCCACACUGGGUGAAAGACUAACAGAGGAUGAAGUGGAGAAAUUGAUGGCUGGGCAAGAGGACUCUAAUGGCUGCAUCAACUAUGAAGCAUUUGUCAAGCACAUCAUGGCCAGCUGAGCCUGUCACAGGGAGCCCUGGGCAGGCCAAGUUGGGGACAUCUCAUCUCCCAUCCAUGAUGCUGACACCGGUGGACUGGAGGUUGGAAAAGGAGGGGAGUGGACCAGACUCCAGUGCAUGGCCCUAGACCUCUCUGUGUAGUUGUCUUUUCUGGCUCCUAUUGGGCUGUGCUUACCUGUGAUUGCCUUUUCUAUCUCCACCUCAUGGGCCUUACAAUAAAUGAUUGCCUGCC